CAUUCGCCUUCACAGUCGAGUCUGAAAACCAACACAGCAGAGCACCGCGGAGGACAUCGCCGAGACAGGUUCCCGGGGCAGCCAUGGCGGCGCCGUUAGCCCACUUCGAUGAGGACUGGCAAGACUUUAACGAAUUCAAGCCGUCCUCGGAGUCGGCCGAACAGCUGGACCAGCUGAACUCAAACGUGGGCGACCCGUCGGGCCUAGACGACUUCUCCGAUCUGGACAACAGUUUCUCCGGGGAGAUCUGCAGCUUCAAGUCGAUGGAGGACCUGGUCCACGACUUCGACGAAAAGCUAACAGUGUGUUUCCGAAACUACAACACUACGACGGAAAACAUUGCUCCUAUUAAACCCAUCACAGAGGAGAAUUACCUGAAAGACGACGAGGUGUGGAACGCUUUGACCAGUAACUACGGCAAUGUGAUGCCCGUGGACUGGAAGACGUCCUACACUCGCUCCCUUCACCUGCCUGCCCUCAAGCUCACAGAGCAAGGGGGACAGAAGUUGGAUAACCGGUCUUUGGAUCUGUCCGAGGAUGACGACGAUGAGGAGCUGCGGGAACAGCUGGAUAUGCACUCAAUCAUAGUCUCCAGCAUUAAUGAAGAGCCUCUCUUCACUGCUGAACAGGUGAUAGAGGAGAUAGAAGAGAUGAUGCAGGAGUCUCCCGACCCAGACGACGACGACAAGAGUCCCUCCCAGUCCGACUUGUCGAUGCUCUCCCAGGACCUCGGUGCUUUGAAACGAUCCGGCUCCAACACGAGCUUUGAGGAACGGCUUCGCCAGCUGUCUGUGUCAGAGCUCACCCGGACUCUGGAGGAAGUGGAGGGGGCCAUCCGUCGCUAUAGCGAAGAGCUGAUCCAGGCUCUGGCGCUGCGAGACGAACAAGACUUUGAGAAGGAGGUGAAGAACAGCUUCAUCUCGCUGCUGAUCGACGUACAGAACAGACAGAAGGAGCACCGCGAGCUGCUGCGCAAGAAGAAGAAAAUCAGGAGUGUGAAUGUGACGGGGCCCAACGGCCAGCGGACAAACACAACGCACAUACCAGGCACGCUCCUCACUCUGGAGGGACUUUCCAAUGUCAUUCAAAAUGGUCUCCGUCAAACUUUUGGCCACACAGGAGGGGACAAACAGUAUCUGACCACGGUGAUCCCGUAUGAGAAGAAAGCUGGCUCUCCAUCUGUAGAAGAUCUCCAGAUCCUCACAAAGAUCCUUCAUGCCAUGAGGGAUGACAGCGAGAAGGUGCCGGCCCUCCUAACAGAUUACAUACUCAAAGCUCUCGUAUGAAAGCAGAGGAGCCUGAGUUCUUUGUCCCACAUAAAGUCAGAGGCAAGACUUUUGUUUCUUCGGAGUCAACCAGCAGAGGAGGGUUUUGCCCGUUUGGAAAAAUGCAGGAACUGAUUGAAACCCAAACCGUUUCUUCCUUCUUUCUCAGUUUUCCUUGUGGUACUUUCUACUCUACCUCUCUUCUGUUCUUUACUUCUGAUAUGACUCUAGUCUUUGUAGUUUUUCUUUUUAAGUUCUAACAUUUUAGCAUUUUUUCAUCAUCUUGUGCUCCAUUCUUGUAUAUUCUGGCUAUACACAGGUGCAUCUCAAUAAAUUAAUUUGUCAUCAAAAAGUUUAUUUUAGUAAGUCAAUGUAAAAGAGAAUAUUUUAUUUGAUUUUAUAUGUAUUUAUUACACUCAGUUUUAUAUUUCAAAUGUUUGUUUCUGUUAGUUUUGAUGAUUAUGGUUCUUAAAACGAAUGAAAAUUGACCCUCCAUAGGAUGGGUAUGCCACAAAAGAUUAAUGCUGAAGAAGCUCACUGUUCAGAGUUCUUUAUCUAAGCAUAUGAAUGGUAAGUUGAGUGGAAGGAAAAACUGUUAGCAAAAGGUGCAUAAGCAACAGGGGUGACUGCAGCUUUAAUUGAAUUGUAAAGUAGACCCAAAAGAAGCUUCAAUCGAGUAUUGAGUGCAUUAACUGUAGGCUAUUAUCUUCAAAAUUAGCAUAAAUAACACUUGAAGCAUAUCAGCUCUGUGUAAUAAAUCUAUUUAAGCUGCUGAAAUAAAACAGACCUUUCGAUGACACUUGAAUAUAUCGAGAUACGCCUGUGAUAAAUCAUGUGUGGAUGCCAGUAAUCAGUGUUAGCCUGUUAGCACUUCUUGAUUUGCCAGGUGCUCUUAAAAAAACAAAUGGUCCUUCAAGGGCCCUCAGUGAGGGAAAUGCAGUCCAACCAGCCUGCUUUGCUUAUCAAAUCCACUUGUCUGCUGCUGCAUGACAGGAAAAAGAAAUCCUGGUAGAAUCUGUGAAAAAGUGCCGGGCAUCAAGCAUCCAUCAUCCUCAUUUAUUGCAUGAUUUUACGUUUGGCUGUCUCAAGAUCAAAGAGAGCGGUCUUUUAAUUUGAACCCUUUUAUAACGGUUGCAUGUUAGUUUCAGGGAUACGCCGUGUGAAGCUGAAUGUUUAAAUUGAAAAGUUUUCUAUUUGACUGAGAGAAAUUGCACAGUUUGAGGAUUUUUACAGUUUGAAAACGGACAAAAGUGAUCAAAGGCAUAAAAACAUAUUUUUGGAUAAGAGAUUUUUAGCAAGACAAGGUACUUUAAUGAUUUCAUAAAUGUUGUGACGUCAACCCCAACAAAUUCACCACCUCCACAUAGGAUUAUUUCACAAGUCUGCAGAUUCCUCUUGUCAUUGGUGGAAAAUAAUGUAUUGGUAGCUAAGAUAAUGUGUUUAAAGUUUACUUCUGCGUUAAUUGUUGUUCUAUCGUAUAGGGUAUCUGUAUUUUAGUUCUUUAGCUUUAAGAUUAUGGGGACAGUGAGGUUGCACUUUAUCAGUGACCUGACGGUGUAGAAGCAAACCCCUGCAGAAUGUAGCGCAGAGUGGAUCUCAUCAGCACGCAAUGUAAAGUUUAGUUAACAUGAAUUCAUUUUCAAUGACCUUUCCUCUGGUUUUCCAAGAGAAACGCCACUGCCUGAAACAUAACACUGUAUUAAAGUCAACAUAUUAACCGUAGCAGAAAUUAACGGCACAGUUUGAGAAGCUACUGUGAAAUAUUCAAAGUUAACAGAGUUAACAUUUAGGAUUUAGUGAGGAAAUUGAAAAUUCUCCAUUGAAAGCCUGUAGUAUUUUUUUAUUUUUUUAGGUUUAGUUAAAUUUAGAAGAAUCUUAUGAUAGAUGUUUAUCAGUCAGAAUUUUUGCCAGUCAAGUCAAUUGCAUUUUCUUCCCUUUUUUUUUUUCUUUUUAUAUUUUGACCUAGAAAAAUCUGACUUAGAUUGAUCCCCUUUUUUAAAUUAUGCAACGUCUACAUAUAAAAUCUACAUUUUAUCUUUAAAAUGUGUUUAAUUUUACACUUUUCAUAUCCAUCCAUAAUUUGCAAACUGCCUGAAAUGUUGACAGUCAAAGGGAAGUGGGGUCAGUCCAAGGCUGUUUGGGUCCCAUGGAAAUCAUCCCAUGUUCUAAUAUUUAUGCUUUAUGCAUCUAAUUUUAUAAUUAUUGAGGAGGCUUGUCCUUAUUUUGGCAGUUUUGGUGAAUGUGGAGUGGAAAAAGUGGAAAAACCGCUAAGACCUGUUCAACAAAGAAACAUUUUACAGUCUGGCUUAAAUUAUUUUUAGAUAAUAUUGUAACUUCAAUUAUGACAAAUUUUCAGCUUUAAAGUAUCCCAUUUACAGCUGAUUUAUAACUUGUUCAGACACAUUUACAUCUGUAACUCUGACUUUGUUCAUGAAUUCGUGUGCUCUUGGAGCCUUUUGCUUUUAGGGCCUUAAGCAGCUGCCUGGCCUGCUUAUGUCUUAGGCCGGCUGUGAAGUGAAUGCAGUGUAAUCGAAACCAGUAGUUAUGCAGAGAAUCAUGGGAAUGCAAUCAUACAUGAUCAGUAGACACAAGUUGUUAAAAAGUUCAGAUCAAGUGUAGCUUAGAUCUCAGGAAUAGCCAUCACUGUUGGUACUUAAAGUUCUUGUUCUGGUUGGUAAAACAACUCAGUUUACAUCAGUAGUCUUUUCAGAGUUCCUAUAAGGACAAGAUUCAUGUCACCUGCAUGAUGAUGAAACAUGAUCAAAGAUACGCUCUACAGGAAAGGUCGCAGGAGAAGCUUCUAGUGCAUUGGCUCAGGUGGAGGUAUGUGUUGGGGUUGCAGUUGUCUCUGCUUUAGUUACCAAAGUGGAUUACACUACAUGAUACUGCCCAUACUUUCCUGGAACGUAGUGUGUACUUUAUGGAACUUUCUCAGAAAAUGCUAGGUACUUUCCAGAAACAUUUCUGGAACUUGCCAGAUGCUUUAACGAAACUUUCUAGUUACCUCCCUGGAACUUACUAGGUACUUUCCUGGAACCUAAUGGAUACUUUCUGGAAUGUACAAGAUACUUUCCUGAAACUUCCCUUAACUUGCUGGUAACUUUAACUUAACCUGCUGGUUAAUUUCCCUAAACCUCCUGGUUAAUUUCCAGAACUUAGUGAGCACUUUGUUGCAAAAUAACUAGUGAGCUCCAUGAAGGUUUAAGGAAAGUAGCCUGUAAGUCCUGGGAAAGUACCCAGUAAAUUAUCAGUCACCUCAUACUACAACCCGAUGCUUUGAAGUACCCAGUCAGGUCUGGGAAAGUAACCAGUAAGUUUAAUAAAGGCUCCAGGGAAACUGGGCUUGUACUAUGAAGUGCUACCAGAAUGGGAGACUGAGAAGGAAAUUGCUUCAACAGAUGGAGUGGGUGUUGGGGAAGGUUGCACAUCAAUUUGUUAAAAAGGAAAUAGUCAUUUUUAUUGUUUCAAAAUAAAAGCUUAUAGUGCUAUGUUUAAAUAUUUGUAUGUGACAUGUUUCUACAGACGCCAGCUAUUUACAACCCAGCAUGUGCUGCAUGCACUUUACUGCUACUAUUGCAGCAAACAUUUCCACUGAUUAGUGAUUUGUUUACAGACAUAAUUAAAUAUCACACUAAAGGGAAAAGUACAUGUUGCAGCAAUAUCAAGAAAACUGGGAAGCAAAUAAGCAUUUAUUGUUUUUUAAAGGAUAAAGGAUUUUUUAAAUCGUAAAUCAAAUGCAUAAAUGAAAAUUGUAAAUCUAUCAGCAAUAGUUUAAAAAUGAAAUGGCUUUUAGCGCUAAAGUCACUGAAGGAUCUCAGGCCGGGUUAGAUAUUUAUAUUUGUACACGUCGAACAAGAACAAAAAAACAAGAGGCUGCCUUUGUAAAUGCCUGAAAAAAUAUUUUGUACAUUUAUUAAACUUGUGCUGUUCCUAAGCGAUUUAUGUCCCUGUCUAGGGGGUUUUAUGUUUACUAUCUCAUGUGGUACUGCAGUAUAUUAAUUUAUUACGUGAAUGUUUUGUAACCAUGAUAUUGACUGUAAUGGUGCAAUUGUUUUGUGCCGACAUUAUUGCAUUGCAACAUAUUUCAAGUAAAAAGAAAUUAUGUAUUUAA